AAUAAUAAAUAAAUACAAAAUACAAAGCCAUGCGGCAAUAGCGGCAUGUCGCAUGCGGAAAUUUGAUGUUACUUGUUUAUGGAACUUAAUUUUUUCAUUUUCAUUGAGUGAUUAGUUCGUAUUUUCGUAAUCUUUUUUUUUUUUUAAUUCUUUUAUAAUAACCCAACAUCGAUAUUUAAUCUUAAGAAAAUUAAUUAAUACGACCACAUAAUUUCCAAUGUACUACUACCUGUAAAGUUCAAUUUAUAAUGUGUAUUGCUAAAGUGUUUUAAAAAACUACACCUAUAAUUUAUGUACAAAAUUCUGCUAAAAUAUAUAUUGUGGUUUUUGUUAAAAAAAAAAUAUGGAAUCAAAAAAUCGAUUGGGCUAUUGUGAAGUGUGCGACAAUGAUGUUGCUAAAUACUGUUGCCCAAGGUGUGAAGUUAAAACUUGUAGUUUAUCAUGUGUAAAUAUUCACAAAAAAGAAUUAGAUUGCGAUGGAAAGAAAUAUAAAACAGGGUUUAAAAGAUUAGAAAACUUUACUGAUGCAGAAAUGAGUCAAGAUUAUAGACUUAUGAAUGAGUUUAUUGAAGCUGUUGGUGAAUUUAAAAUGAAAACCCAACGAAUAUGCAAUUUAUCUCCAGUAUUCCGGAGAUUACGUUAUCAAGCAUAUCAACGAAAUAUACGUUUACAGAUCUUACCUAAAUCUACUUUGAACAAAAAUAAUACUUCUUUUUUUAAUCAUAAAAUUAAUAAAAUCUUUUGGCGUAUAGAUUGGACAUUUCAUGGCACAGAUGUGAAAUACAUAACCCACAAAGUCCCGGAGUAUCAAAAAAUAAAUAACAUAGUUAGAGACUAUUUCACGACAGAGUUUCAUGAUGAUGAAACAAAAGAAAAAAUGCAAUUUUAUGUUUCAGCCGGAAUCAAAGGUGUCAUAUUUUUAAUGAAAACACCAUAUGGAAAAUAUUAUCAACUUGAUUCUGAGGACUCGAUAUUGUACAGCUUAAGAUAUAAGACAAUACUGGAAUAUCCAGAAAUAUUAAUUGUUUUAUCUAUCCAUAAAGACACAUUUAGUGAUCUUCUUUAUAUUGAGAAUUCAACAUUUAAUAACAAUAAAUCAACAACUAUGACAUAAUGGUUAAUAAAUUGUUAAUCUUUAUCUGGAUAAACUAAGAGAUUAAUGUUUUUCAUAAUUUGUGGUCAUCUUUAAUAAAAUAUUUUUAUUGCUAUAAGUAUAAAUAAAGUCUUAUCUAAAACAA